AUGGCUAACACUGCCAUGCAAUUAGUAGCUUUGAUUACUUCUAUAAUUGGCAUGAUUGGAACAUUGUCAGCUACUAUUAUGCCCCACUGGAGGAUCACGGCACACAUUGGAGCAAAUGUUGUAACUGCUAUUGUCUACAUGAAAGGAUUAUGGUGGGAAUGUGCCAUGUUCAGCACUGGAGUCUUCCAAUGUGAUACCUAUAACUCUGUCCUGGAACUUCCGGCUGACCUGCAAACUGCCCGCGCCAUGAUGGUCAUUUCUGUUGCCCUCUCAUUAUUAGCUAUAACAAUCUCUGUGGUUGGGAUGAAAUGCACGGUGUGUGCCAGGGAUUCUCCAAUAAAAGACAAGAUUGCCGGCACCGGAGGAGUUUUCUUUAUCGUAGCUGGGCUAACAGGUUUGGUGCCAGUGGCAUGGACAAUGAAUGGAGUGAUACUGAAUUUCAACAACCCAUUGAUUCCUGGUGACCUCAAGUUUGAGAUUGGUGAGUCUUUGUACCUUGGAGUUGUUGCUGCGAUGCUGACCAUCAUUGGAGGAGCCAUGCUGUCCCUGUCAUUUAUAGGUAGGAGAACUGAGCCCUACAGUAGACGACCAAUGUCCUACCAAAAUCCUGCAGCUAACCGUCCUGCGCCUGCUCCUUCGGCUGCGUCCGUUCAGUCAAAAGCAGCAAAAUCGGAAUUCAACUCUUACAAUUUGACUGGCUAUGUUUAGACUCCAGCUGUGUACUCAGUGGCAUGCUCAGGCCGCAGUGGAAUUACUUUAUAGAGUAAUUACAAAGAUUAUUCUUUGUGACAGGCUCGCUCUGUUUGAGGGAAUAGUGUAUGUAAUUCUGUUGUGAAGAUACAAGUUAAAAUUUCCUUCCAACCAUUUAGAAUACAUUUGAUUGUGUAUAAUUUCACGAAUAAGAUUUUCAAUCUCACUGCUUUUGCUACUGUAAAAGGUGAUUUACUGGGAUUGCGGUAUAACUGGUUGGUUAGAAUUGAGCUUGUCCUCCUAUUUGCUUCUUCCUUCAGAUUCGGCUUUUACAGCAAAAGCACUGUUAGGUGAAGAACUGCUGAGUAAACAACAUGGCGACUUAAACAUUUCAGAAUUAUCUUUGCUGUCGGUGAAAAGAUCAUCACACCUUGAAUUUAAUGUCAUUUUUGCAAAGUAGAAAAUGGAUUUCAGUUUAUCUCUGUGGAGGUGUUUUAUAGCAGAGCUGGGGCUUUAACUGGGGAAGAGAGAGUUUUAAGCACAAUCCUACUGCCUUUGAGAAAUUUCUGAAGGGAUCAAAAGCAAGUUCUAAUGCUGCUGGUGGUACUUGGUAACCAAUCUCAGUGAUCUUUCUGGAGGUGCCCAGUUAAGGGGCUGUGUCUGGAAACACCAAAUUGUUAAAGAUGCAGCCUAGACUCUGUACCCAAAUAACCCACAGGGCUGACUCACAGAUUUGUCCUACUGGCAACAGCACUGCGACGAAUGGAGGCAUCCUCUUAGAAUGUCUGAAAUUCUGCAAAAUAUUUGUGGCCACAGCUUCCAGUCUAUCAUUGUGAGGGAUCUGCAGGGAUAAAUAAAGGAGGACUCAGUGGCUCACAGUCACCUGCUCCUAGGAGGCUGACUCCAGGGACCUGCCGGACAUUUCCCACAGCAUGGGGCUUCACACCAUUAGUGAGAUCCCACAGCUUCCCAACUGGUUUUCCUUGGUCAGUCCAUUACUUCAAAAGGGCUACCACCAGCUGCCAGGUGGUAGCCAUUUCUAUUGCUAACGUGUCUCUGGUAAGUACAGCCAGAAGUGGGAACGGAUUGAGUGGCCAACCAAACAUGUUGCUCCGCAAAUGCUUCCCCAGACGUCCAUCAAUCUAAAGUCACCUCAGUGUGGAUGGUAAGAUACCACCCAUUGAGUCUAAUUCACAUUACUUAUGAUAAUAUGUGCAUUUGGAACUGAAGAGUCAAUAUCUCAUCAUCACAGCACCCAUUUGUCCUCGAAGACAGUAAUCAUAAUUCAAUCCAGUAAGAACAGAAUAACAAAGUUAUGGCCUCCUGCUCCAUAGGUGAAAGUGAGGGACAAUCCGCAAUGCAAUUAUCGGCGUGUGUCCCAGGCCAUGGAACACAUUACAUUAACCUAUCCACUCAGACCUGUUGUGGGAAUUUGUUGUUAAUUUUUCCACUCAACACUUCAACAAGCCACCGCGUCAACUGAUACCUCUUCACAAGUAUUUGCAGUCAUAGGAGAGAACUUAGAGAACUUUAUUUUCCCCCAAAUCUCUUAGUGAGAUAGGGUUUGGUCAUUAUUGUAAGGAUCAUGGGAAUAGGAGAAGAAAGUCGAUAUUGCCAGUUGAAGACCAUCUUUCUAGCCUACUAAAAUUCCCUUUUAUUGAACAGUUGCCUGUUGUUCCUCCUGAAUAAAUUUUCCUCUCCUCCUUAUUUAGGUGAUUAGACAAUUAACUUCUCAAAAAAAUCCCUUAUUUAUUAUUGUUUUACUAAAAUUAAAUUUAUAUUCCCUGUUACUGUUUAAAUUUGAAUUUAUAAACUUAAUUUCUUUGUGUAUUGUUUUACAUUCCAUGUAAUGUACACACUACUGUGAAUCAUACAGCCUGAUGCAUUUUACACCUAACUUCACCUCUGAAGUCGAGGAAAUAUUGUCAAGUACUGGUGAGCCAGUGCAAAAGCUCCAUUGUUAGUGUUCCUUUCCUAUCUACAUAAGUCAAAAAACAAUAAAAUACAACACAAAAACCAGAAGAACUGAGGAUGCUGCAAAUCAGAAACAAAAACGAAGUUGCUGAAAAUGUUUUGCAGAUCUGGCAGCAUCUGUGAAGAGAAAUCAGAGUUAAAGUUUCGGGUCCAGUGAUCCUAACUCUGAUUUCAUAGAUGCUGUGAGGCCUGUUAAGCUUUCCCAACAAGCUGUUUUUGUGAACAAAAUACAAUAGAUGGAGAAGAUAAACUUUUAGAGGUAAAUUUUCAAGUAAUAUCAAGAUGAACAGCACAAGCUUCUUUAAAUAUAUAAAAAUGAGGAAAGAGGCCAUGCUUAACACACACCCUUUAGAGAACAAGGCUGUGGAAAUAACAAUAGGUAACCAAGAAAUGGCAGUACAUUUGAAUAAAUACCUUGCAUCUGGUUUCACAGUAGAAAGCCCAAAUAACAUUCUGAAAAUACAAAAUAAUCAAGUGGCAAAAGCAGGAGAGGCACUAUAGGUUAGUUCGCUUAAUAUCUGUUAUGGGGAAAAUGUUUGAGGCUGUUAUAAAGGAGUCCAUUCAGAAUUAUUAAUAUGAUCAACCAUGUUUUUAAAAAGGGUAAAUUGUGCAUUACACAUUUAUUACAAUUCUUUGAAGAGAUAGCAAACAGGAUUGAUAACCGGGAAAGUGGAAGUAAUGUAUUUGGAUUUUAAAUGUCAUGUGAUAAGAUUCCACAAGUUAGGCUAUUUAUUUAAAUAAGAGCCCAUUGGUGUGGAGGUAGCAUGUUAGAGUGGAUGAAGGAUUGGCUCACUAAUAGAAGACUGAGAAUUUGAAAAAGUGUAGGGGCAAGGUCAUGAUGGCAACCUGUAAUUAAUGCAGUGCACAGGGAUCAGUGCUAGGACUAAAAUUAUUUACGAUACAUAUUAUUGAGUCAGAUGAUGAAGGUGUUUGUAACUAUAGCCAAGCAUGCAGAUGACACAGAAGUCAAUAGAAAAGCAAAUGCUGAGGAUGAUCAAAGAAUCCACAGGAGAAUACAAAAAGGUUAAGCAAGUGGGCAAAGACUUGGCAUGGAGAAAGUAAUGUGCAAAAAUGUGAUUUUAUGCACUUUGGCAGAAAGAUAUGAGGAGCUAAAUACUGCUCAAAUGGAAAAAGACUGCAGAAAGCUAUAGUACAAAGCGAUUUAGGUCCUCAUGCAUAAAUUGCAAAUAGCAAACAUAAAACGUCAGCUGUUAUUGAGAAGGAGAGAGAGAUAAUGGGAACUGCAGAUGCUGGAGAUUCCAAGAUAAUAAAAUGUGAGGCUGGAUGAACACAGCAGGCCAAGCAGCAUCUCAGGAGCACAAAAGCUGACGUUUCGGGCCGUUUUGACGUUUUGAGAAGGAGGCAGUCCAGGCAAGGUUCACUAGGUUGAUCCUAGGAUUGGAGGGGGAGAUUGUAUCAGAGCUGCUUGGUAUGCUGUGUUCAUCCAGCUCCACACUUUGUUACCUAGGUAUGGAGGUACUGUCUUAUGACAGGAGGUUGGGUAGAUUCACUCAGUGAAGUUUGGAAAAAUGAAAGGUUACCUCAUUGAAACGGAUAAGAUUCUUAUGAUGCACACCAGGGUAGAUGCUGAGAGGUACUUAGCCCUUGUGGGAGAGACCAAGACCAGAGGGUAUCAUCUGAGAAUAAGAGGUCACUCAUUUAAGACAUGGAUGAGGAGGAAUUUCUUCUCUCAGAGUGGUAGAUCUGUGGAAUUGUUUACCACAGAGGGCAGUAGAGGUUAGGAUGUUAGGUAUAAUCAAGGCUGACAUAGACAAUUUUUUGAUUAGUCAGGGAAUUAGGGAUAUAGGGAUAUGACAGCAAAGUGGAGAUGCGAUGAUCAGAUUUUCCAUAAUCUGAUUGAGUGGCAGAGUAAGUUUGAUGAACUGAAUAGCCAAUUUCUGCUCCUAUGUCCUAUCAUUUUACUACAGUUAAUGGUUUGAUUUUUGUUUUCCUAAUUUUGAAGAUCUUAUGGUCUUAUAACAUUGACAUCUAAAACACCACCGUACCUAAUGUUAAUUCAAGGUAAUCUCACAGGAAAUAUUAAACCGACAUUUAUAGUUAAUUCUAAUGUAUUUUGUUUUGUGAUAAUAUAAAAAUGUUACUAUUUUUAAAAAUUAUAUAAUAUCUGGUUAUAAUAGUAGAAUAUCAAAUAUCUUAAAUGGGCCACCUACACUAUUAUUUGUACUCUGAAGCAGGUGUAUAAUAGAAUUGUGUCUUACUGGAAAGUAACCAAGCUAUUUUGUUCAUCACUGUUAUAUCUUAUCACAAUAAUAUUAUUCACACAAUAAAAAUGGCACGAUUCCUGAUAGUUUAUUGUGUAAUUGAAUGGUAUUUACA